AUUCGCAUCGUCCAUUGUAACUCAUUCGUCAACAGACUCUCGUGCGGUUCGGUUCUCAGCCUCAGCUUUUGAAUUCAGCAUACUCACAUCACAUUCGCAAGUCACUGGUCACUGGUCACAGUUCGCAGUCACGCAGUUACUACUUUUGCCCGGUUUUCGAGUUUUCGAAAGAUAUUCGAAAGUGCUGAACAUACAUUAUUUUUUUUUGGUUUUUGUGCUAAGCUAAGAAAUUGAGUAUAUAUACAUAAAUAUAUGAUACACAUAAAGUGAAAAAGCGUUCUGAAUACCAUUUUUCAAUUCGAAUACAAACGACCGAGCCGAAGUGAAAGAGUGUGUGUGGCAAAUAUUUAAAUCCCAUUUGCGUUCCGAUUCGGAGGAGGAUUUGGCGGAGAAAGCUUGAGACACAGAGAACACACCGCAGUCAAAGAGUAAAACGCAAGAAAUUCAAGCAGCCAAAAUGCGUCGCUCCUCGUUCACGCCCGUCUUCAACUUGAGCACCCAGGAGCCGCUGAUCGUGGUGGAGGAAUCGCACACCGCCGAGGAUGGCGAUGACUUGGAGGGUGCCGCCGGUGGCUGUGAUCCCACUGCGGCCGGCACACGCCGCUCCAACAGCGAUGACUCCGAACCGGACUCGCCGGUGAAUCCCUACCUGCUCUGCCCCUUUCCCGAUAUGCAGCAGCGGCGCAAGCAUUCGCUGCCCUCGCUUCAAAUUACCGAGGGCAUCACCGCCAGCCAGGUGCGUCGAUUGUCGGAGGUGGGCGGCGAGACUGGCGGGCUCAGUCCCAAGGAGGUCGAGUUCCUGGCCACGCUCUCGCAGAAGGCCAAUCCCACGGCCGGCGGACGCAGGCACUCGGUGGUCACCAUAUCGGCGGUGCCGCCAACGCUCUUCGGACGCAAUCGCCGCGAGUCCAUUUCCGGCGUAUCCUUCAGUGGCAGUCGCCGUGGCAGCGUCAUCGCCGGACCGCCGUUGACCGAUCACCGCGGCAGCGUGCACAACUUGCAGUUGGACAUCAUGGACGGUAUCGUCCAGCAGAGGAAGACGCGAAGCGGAAGCGGCGUCUGGACAGCGCCCGUCCUGCAGGAGGCCGAUAGCAAUGUGCCUGUGCAGACAUAAGCGGCUGAAGGUCACGCAGGGUAGCUGGGGGCGGAAAGGACGAAAAAUGGAUGCAUGGACGAAUGUGGAGAAGGAUGGAUGGAUGAAUGGAUGGCUGGAUGGGAUUUCUUCGACAGAUGAACGGAUGAAUUGGGUUGGACACUGGGCAAUACAAACAACCAAAUGCCUGGAAACUCCGCCAACUCGAACUGCAACUGGACCUUUAUUAACAUUUCGUGCUUUCCCCCCAACACAGAAAAAAAAACCCUCACACUCUGCCCCCCUCCGAUUUUCCACCGGGAAAUUGCUUUUCGCGGCUGCCGCAUAAAGCAAACAAACAAACCACAAAAACCGCACGAAACAAAAAAUAAUAAAAGAAUCGCAUGGAAAAUGGCAAAGAAUGGUAGGUGGAAACUGAAAAUAAAAAAAAGAAACACACACAGAAAAAAACAGGAAAAUAUAAAACUUCGAAAAUGAAAAACUGCAGUUAAACAAAGAACGAGAUGGCAAGACCAAUUUAAGAUGAAAAGAAUGGGUGGAAAACGAGACAAGGCGGACAAACAAAGCAAAACGAACGUGAAAGAGAACCAAACAGGCGGUGAAAAGCAACUGAGAAAAAACACCGUGACCAUUUUGAUUGCCAGCAAUUUUGGUUAACACCUGUGCCAUGUGCCAUGUGCCACGCCCACAACUGUCGCCCGCUCCCCGAACACACAUCGCCCACAAUUACGACUUAAAAAUGGACACAUCCCCCAUGCAAGGAUAAUUGCAAAUAAUAUUUAAUUGGAGUGUUAAGGACGAAGGACAAGGCAAGCAAGAAUAGCGCAACACUCGAAACCCUUCCUCGAAAUUAUUAUAAUUCCCAAGUGGUCAGAAAACAGAACACUUACCCAAAAACACUAUUGCUUGAUUUUGUGUACCUUUUUUCAGUUGCAUAAGUUUUUACCGAAAUUUUCCAUAAUUUGCGGCACAAAUUAUUCAAAACCCUUGUGAAAACGGGGUCCUUUAUUUGCAGACGUACGAAGUGCUCGAGUGAAACCUAAGUUGUGCUAAAAUUAUAGUUUCGCUCAGUUUUUAUGUUUACAUUUUUCGUUUUUGUCGUAUUUGUAACAUUUUAUUUUUGACAUUUGUCAAUGGGCUGUGUGCAUUUUUAAUAAUCCCACUGCCGGGCAGCUAAACAUAAAAAACACACACACACGCACAUAAUGAAAUGCAGCUUUGGCCCAAGGACACUAAAGUGAAAAGGGGUGGGUGGAGUGAAAUGGGGGCCAAGGACGCGUCAAGGCUAUUGCCGCAUAACCCUGAACCCAGCAUCUUUCUGAUGCGGCCAACGUGGCGUAUGAGUAAUGUUCCGCACGCAGCAACAACUGCACCAAUGACAAUGGCAAUGCCAAUGCCAUGGAGCAAGGAUCAUCUUCCUCGUGUUUUUAAUGGCCUGUCCAAGCCCCGGACCACCUCCAUGGCCACGCCCACACCCCAGUCCGCUCAAUAAGGCUAAUUUAAUGUGGGCAUCGUUUAAUUGAAACGCGUGUUAGUUUGCAUUCCCAUCCGGGCCACUUGGCGGGCGCCCCGGCAAACUAAUUAUAGAAAAUCAAAAUGCAAUUGCCAUUGCCAACGGAACGACGUUAAGCUGACUGCCGGCGGCCAUUUGGUUUGCAAAAUGUGCGGGGCAAACAAACAUCAGUUGGUCCUCGCUAAGCACCAUGAUCAUAAUCAUGUAGGGCAAAAUUAAUGGUCUGAAAUUACCGAGUGUCCUUUAGCAGAGUGAGCACAGUUUCUGAAAGCUGCCCGUUAACGAUUUAUAUCUGCAAUUAACUGGGUGCACAGAUUUUAGAUUCUAUAAUUUAAAUGAUGAAUUGAAACACUUAUCACUUUCGAUUUGCAAUUAUGAGUUUACACAUUUUUAAUAUUUUUUCCUAAAUAAAAAGCCUAAUAAUAAUAAUAAUAAUCACCUAAGAUAUUAAAAUCUACUUUUUCUCCACAGGUUCCAUUAUAAAUCGAUUUCAAGUGAACACGCAACUCAAUGUAAUCGGUUUAUAAAAUA